AUAAUGACUCUGCUCACCUAAGUUGAAUAAGCACCCUGCGCACUUUAAUCUCCUGUCGGUGCCAUUGGGCCAACUGAAGACAGGGUUUUGAAAUCUCAGCUAUAAAGACAUCUAGCCAAAGUCUCAAUCUUGCCUUAACAAUGUUCCAGAGGCUGAAUAAAAUGUUUGUGGGUGAAGUCAAUACUUCUUCCAACCAAGAACCAGAAUUUAGUGAGAAAGAAGAUGAUGAAUGGAUUCUUGUUGACUUCAUAGAUACUUGCACUGGUUUCUCAGCAGAAGAAGAGGAAGAAGAAGAAGACAUCAGUGAAGCAUCACCUACUGAGCACCCUUCAGUCUUUUCCUGUUUACCUGCGUCUCUUGAGUGCUUGGCUGAUACAAGUGAUUCCUGCUUCCUCCAGUUUGAGUCCUGUCCAAUGGAGGAGAGCUGGUUUAUCACCCCUCCCCCAUGUUUCACUGCAGGUGGAUUAACCACUAUCAAGGUGGAAACAAGUCCUAUGGAAAACCUUCUCAUAGAGCAUCCCAGCAUGUCUGUUUAUGCUGUGCACAGCUCCUGCCCUGGUCUCAGUGAGGCCAGCUGUGAGACUGAUGAAUUUCAUAACCCAAAUAGUCCCAGAGUGGAAGCUCAAAAUGAAAUGGAACAACAUAUUCACUGCUAUGUUGCAGCUCUUGCUGCUCAUACGACUUUCCUGGAACAACCCAAGAGCUUUCGCCAUUCACAGUGGAUAAGAGAACAUAGUGAAAGACAGUCUCUUAACAGAAACAGCCUUCGUCGCCAAAAUCUUAGCAGGGAUUGCCACCCUCGGCAGGUCAAGCACAGUGGCUGGGUUGUGCAUCAGCCCUGCCCGCGUCAGUACAAUUACUAAGGAUUUCAAGUUCUGUUGGUUGGUUGUUGCAUAUAUGUGUGGAUGUGCGUUUAUGUACAAUGAAAAUGCUGUCUCUUUACAGCCAAUUGAUGACCAGUCACAUAGUUUUAUGAGUGUGUUCAGACACUAUCUUGAAAACCAGAUUUAAUAUGCUAUGUAUCACAUAAUGCCUUGCUCUUAACAUUUACUUUUUUGUAAAUUUUUUCAGAAUAUUUUUGGAGACAUCAAUACAAUUACAGUGUUUGGUGUUUGAGAUGUCUUUACAUCUAUUAAUGUGUACAUUGAUUAGUCAGCAUUUUAAAGACAUUUCUUCCCAAGUACGAGAAUAGGCAUCUUUCAAUUUCAUUUUAUUUUGUGCUACUUAAUCAAUCUUUUGAGCAAGCAAAAAUUUAUUCUCAGGGUCAGCCAUACACUUUAUUGACCAGUACUUGAUCAUCUUUUACUUAUAUAAUGAAUACAUUUUUACACACUAACAUGAACAUUAACAGGUGAUAGUCGCCAUGGAUAUAAUGGAAUUAUGGCUGAACUUUCUUUUGAAAGGAAACUUGAUAUAUUUCUGUGUAUAUGGUUUGUUUUUCCAGAUUAAUCAUGCAGUUCAUUUUGGAAUUCAGGUACAUUAAGCUUUAGUGAACAGUACAUUCAGUAAUUCCAGUGUAACUACAUGACAUGGUACAGACAUUAUAGGAGUUAUGGACAAAAGCACUUGUCUCACAUGCAGAGGGAUUAAUUUAGACCUGUGAAAUUAUAUUUGGAAAAAUUCAUGUCUAUAACUAACCCAUUACUCCAGUAUUUAAAUUGUUUCAACUCUUUCCUGCCAUCUCUGCCCACUCCCCACCCCAUAUCAGCUGUAAAUUCAGAAGUACUUGUCCAGGCACUUGAGUGACUUCAUAUUUAUAUUUGCCCAUGGGAAAAGAUACAGGAUUUAUAUUUCCAGAUAUAGUGAAAAAUCCUCUGCCAUGGAGCCUUUCUUGCCAGGUAGCAAGCAAGAGUCAGGAAGAUUUCUGAUAGCAUGUAAGUGAAGAGUGACAGGUUGGCUUCCUUGAGUUUCCAUCUUUAACCACUCUGGACUCUGUUUCCUUCACCAGCAGGGGAGUAGUGAUAUUUACCUCCCUUACAGACUUGUUGUGAAGAUUGUGUACUGAUGUGAAGUGGGGCUGUCCAGAACUGAACUUUGUAUGAAAUUCCAAGGGCUUUUCUACUGAAUCUAGUGAUGGGGUGGGGCCGGUGGCAGUUUCUCUGCCACAACUGUUCUUCACAGUGUUGGUGCUAAUGAGGCCAAGUGCAGGGUUCGAGUCACACGUAGGCCAGUUAACUCGACACAGAGGAAAUCUACUUCAUACCUCUAGCCAGUCACUUCAAUUUUUAGCAGUUGUGAUGGGUUUUGCUGAGCCAUCCACACUCUCACUGAUUUCCUCUGAAAUUAAGUAAAUGCAUUUACAAUCCAAAGUACAUUCUACUGACAGAACAGUAGUGUUGCCUUCGUAAUCAGAUUAUUUUUCCAUCUACUCUGAAACCCUAAUUAAAUGACUACCAUCUAUAAGAUGUUUUCAAGGAAAAAAGUAGCAUAUAGUUAUGUGAAGUAUUAUUAUAUUUUUCAAUAUCCCUGUAGCAGCUUGAUGCAGGAACCAUGGGAGACUUCAGGGAAGAGUCGUGCCCCUUUCUCACUAGACAGGGGCAAUUGGAGUUGGAAGAGGGCGAAUAUGUAGUUGGAGGGUGGUUUUACAUUGUUCUUCCAUGGCUGGGAUGAAGUGCCAGGGUAUCUUGUUAGAGCAAGGGUCUAGAAUCCCCCUUCUCUCCUUAAUUCCCCUUCCGUUUUGACUUCCCCUUUAUUUGUUUUCUAAUUAGGGGCCAAGUCUGUAAAGUUUUGUCAAACUGAGUUAGAAGUUGUUUUGUUACUACUGUGUUUACCAGAGUUGGGAGCUAAGGUAGAGUUUUCAUGUUUUCAUGAAGGUGUGUCUGUUAUAUGGCCAUGUGUUGGUAACUUGAAAACAAUCGAGCUAAAUUUCUUCUGGAUGUAAGCCUCUGAAUACAGGGGGUCUCUUUUCCAUACAUUGCAUGAGAGUUGUCAGUACCUCACAAGCUGCAGAAGUUCAGCCACGAGAAUUUGUUUGGCAGCAUGAACAGAUUUGUAUACAAAACUGCAAUGGUCUUUUUUUACUUUUUUUUUUUCAGAUUUCCUUAUACCUUUAAUACAUUUGCAUCUCUGUGAGUUAUUGACUUUUUGUUUUCCUUAUCUGGGCCUACUUUAUAAUGCUUUGUACCUGGAAAACAAAAAAUUUCAGCCUUUGGGAUUUUUAUUCAGGGUUAGGAUUACUACACCAGCUGUGAUAUACUGUGGUUUCUGUAUCAGUCUCUAAGGUUUCUGUCUAAAAUGGGCACAUGUAAGAGUUGAAGAACAUGGUUACAUAAUUUAGCUGUUCUUGGUCAUUAGAUGUUUGUUAGGCAUUUGUAUGUAAGACACAAGGCCACAGAAUGAUUUUGACCUUCUAAGUAUUCUUUGAGACAUGGUCAAAACGCAUUUUAUUAUGAGUUGUUAUUAUUUUUGCUGUUGUUAAUAUUAGUGGUUUACAAUGUGCUUUAGUGCGUAUUACUUAAAAAUUCAAGCAGUGAGAAAUAAGACCCCUCUGAAUUUAGUAGCUCCAACUGUUUCUAAACUGAUAACAUAGAAUGUUACUUGGAAAAAGUCUGGAAUAUGUGGUGCACACAAGUAGUGCUUCAUGAGUGAGUUUCUUAGCUUUUACAAUGCACCAUGUUUUCAAAGUUUGUUUUUGUUAAUAAAACAUUUUAUAAUGUAUUUUAUUAUAUCCUAUGUUUAUUACUUUUUCUUCCUCAUCUGAUUAAAUUAUGUGCUGCACUGUAAGUUCAAGAUUAGCCAUCCAUUAUUUAUCUUUUGUGGCAAUGCAUUUACAUGGUUGGUUGGGUGGGGAAUUUUUGCAGAAGAUGCAAAGUGAUUAGAUUUUUGACUUCCUAUUGCAGGGAGCUUUUUUUUUUUUUUUUGCAUUAAUUUCCUGUAUAUUUUUCCACUUUCCAUGCAAACUGUUCCUGUUUACAUAUGUUCUCUGUUGUAUCAGUACUUUGAUUCUAGUAAGAAGACAGUUUACUUAAAACUUGAGAGGGCUGUUCAGCAUUGCCUGUUGUUUUUGCUUUUCUCAGAUCUAUAUAGUACACUGGUUUAUAAUCCUUAUGUCUUUGUUAAAAUCUGAGUUUCUCUAUUUCUUUUCUUCCUCAAGGAAAUAUAUUUCCUUUAUACACUUAAGGAAAAAAGAGAAAGGAAGGGUAUCUCCAUUAUCUUCAUCUUCUUUGAGUUGGAAACAAAAAAAUGAAGGACUCCAACUAGAAGACAGACAUUUACUUUUAAAUAGAUUAGUGGAAAAAAAUUUAAACAUUUCCAAGUAUUAGUUUUUGCUUUUAGAAUCAGUUAAGAGACUGCUCCUUGUACUGGGAGACACUAGUAUAUGUUUGUAAUGUUACCUUAAAGUUUUGUCUUUUUAUUAUAUAUGGCCCAUUAAUACUGGUUAAACUCUUUUAAAAGUUGGGCUUCUAUCAUGGUUUCACUGCUGUCAGCUAUGCUGAUGUAUUAUAAAUGGCAUCCCUAUCUACUUAUUUUAAUACUUAAAAUGUUAUAUUAAAAAAUGCUUUAUUUAGAAAACCUACAUAAUACCAUGGUGUCAGCCUUGCCGUGUACCAAUUUCACUUGAAAUUUGACACCAAUUAAAGUGGUUUAGGGAGGAGAAAGAGGUACUUUACAGAAUACAGAUAAGGAUGUCCUAUUUGCAACAGUAUCCCUUAUGUGGGAGGAGAAGUUACUACUCAGAGGAAGGCAGCUUGCGUGGAUAAUGUAUAUCAUUGAGAAUUUUCCUUAUGACAUUCUUAAAACUUGUACAAUUGUUAAAUGCCAGUUUUGCUCUGUAUUUGACUGAAGUUUUAGUGUUUGUUUUUUAGGUGGACUUCUAAUAAACCAAACCAGUACUUGGGGAGGUUGGAUGUAUGUGUGUUUUCAGACUUGGAGUGUAUGAGUGAUUUUGCUUGCUUUUUGGUUGUGCUUUCCUCUAGAGGUUUUGAACUUUAACCAAUAAUUGUGUGUUUUACUUUUUAAAAGUGGCUUUGUUUUUUUCUCAAGUUGUGAAUACAUUAGCUUUUCAGGGGCAGGGCAUGAGUUACGGAGACUGAAGAGUAUUGUAGAUUGUACUGUGUGCCUUAAUGUGUUUCUGGACACAAAUUUUUUUUCAUCAACUUGAAAACUCAAAAGGGACAUUUGGUUAGGUUAUAUACUGUACAUCAAUCUAUGCAUAAAUGGCAGCUUGUUUUCUUGAGCCACUGUCUAAAUUUUUUUUGUUUUUAUACAAAUUUUUUAUACUGAUUGGUUCAGAGAUGGUCAGUUUUGUACACAGACUGAACAAUACAGCACUUUGCCAAAAAUAAGUGUAGCAUUGCUUAAACAUUGUGUAUUAACACCAGUGCUUUGUAAUUGGGUUCAGUGGUGCAUUCUGCACUACAUGUUUUUAAUCUUUCAGUAAAUAAAAUGUCCUUUAACUUCA